AUGAUGAUGAUGAUGAUGAUGAUGAUGAUGAUGAUGAUGAUGAUGAUGAUGAUGAUGAUGAUGAUGAUGAUGAUGAUGAUUAG